GUGACGAAGUUUCGUCAGACUGCUUGUCUGCUUGGCUUUGUAGGCAUUGAUAUUCCUCAACACCCCUUAUGGAUACUAGGUGACAGCUUUAUUGGCCGCUACUACACGAUUUUCGAUCGUGGAAACAAUAGCAUUGGCUUGGCUAAGGCCAAACAGGGCAUCAUCGCCUCGCGAAAGGCCAAUGAGGAACUUUCCACCUGUUUCCGGCGAUUGAUUAGUACCCAGGAAAACGAACUAGAGGUCAUUCCGUUCACGAACCUGGUCCCAGCUAUCGCUGUCGACAACGAAUGA